GAAAAGUCCCGCAGCUGGUGAAGCAGCCGCAGGCGCACAGAAGCGAAAGUGACAGGGACAAAGUCAAACAGACGACAGAAGAAAACGGAAAUAAAGUAAUAAUAAAAAAAAACACUGGGCGUACCUUGAUUUUCAAGGCUCGCUGAAGCCGCAGAGCGAGUGUAUUUAGUUUCCUGUUUUUUAAAGUUGACUUCAGUCGAACACUUUUAAAUGCUGUCGAUCUAGUGACAGUUGGGAGACACGACAGAGACGCGACAGACAGACAUGGAGAAUGGUAAGAACCAGCUGCAGCAGAUGCAGGACGAUGUGGAGGAGGUGAAGGUGAUUAUGCUGGACAACCUGCAGAAGGCAGAUGAAAGAAAGGAAAAGAUGGGCAACCUGGAAGAUCGGGCUGAGGAGCUGUUAGAACAGAGUAAAAAAUUUGAAAAGCGAACCAACACACUGAGACAACAGAAAUGGUGGGAAAACAAGAAGACAAAAAUCUUUCUUGCCAUCGGAGUGGUUGCAGGACUCAUUAUCGUGGGACUCAUAAUCUUUGCAUUCGUUGGAUAGAACACAAGGACAAUUUGAUGCCAGGAAAGGACGGGAAAUAAACUAAAAGCCAGGAAAAGAAAAGCUGGAUCUGUUUGACUUUGAUGCAUUCUGAUUCUCUUCUGUCUGCAUUUUUUGAAUAUUUAAGGUUAUUUUAUUCUUGCUCUUUGUGUUAGUGUUAAGUUGAUAUGGUACAACACUUUCUCUGCUGCUUUCUCUCUUGUUUUCUUUGAAAUGCCUCUGGACAGUUUGCAUUUAAAGUCUUAAAGAUGGACAUAAACAGAGGAAAAACUGUUCGCCCUGUCAACAUCAUGAAGCUUGUACAGGAUUGUAAUCUUUAUAAAAAUAUUUUCUUUUUACUCCCUGUGUUGAGUGAAGUAUUUUACUUUCAUCUGUUUUUGCGUUUUGUUAGAUCAUCCUUAAAAACGUGUAGAAACAAAAUCUACAGCAAAUCUACUGUAUAUUUUAAUGUCAAUGUAUUAGUUGCAAGUGAAACUACAAUAACUGGCCUAUUAUAUUUAUGGAAUCAUAACUGAAAUGGAUUUAGGCUGAAAUACUCGUCUGUAAUGAAUGUUUACAUUAGCAAAAUGGAAGAAAUUCUUCUGAAUGCAAACAGUUCAUUAUCUUUGUUGGUAAUAAACAUUGAUUCUUAUUAAA